AUGUCUGAGAGGAAGCAAACUAUUAUUCGCUUUACCCCCGAUGGUUUUGGACAGCACGAUGAAGAGGUCCUCAAGAUUAUCAUUGAGGACACCGGCACUGAUCAGUUCCCCUCGCAACCAAGUUUCCCACCCAUUUAUCAUCCCCCGCCGCUGACUCAGGAGGCUAUCAAUAAGUUAAGAGCCCUCAAAGGGGUUGAGGUGAUUAUUCCUUAG